CUCAGGAAAAUUAUCAGUAAUAUAGCCAUCAUGAAUUCAUCAAGUCCUCUAUGGACUCUCAAGUCUCUCAAUCAUACGAUAAUUGACCGUUAUAUUCAUACAUACGUUUUCUGCAGGUCAUGAAUAUGAUGUCUGCUGAUCUUCUCCCACAACAGAAGUAUGAUGUCUUUCUUAGUUUCAGAGGCGAGGACACCCGUUAUACAUUUACUAGCCAUCUCUAUGCUGCUUUACAGAAAAAAAUCCACACCUUCAUUGAUAAUAGACUGGAGAGAGGAGAUGAAGUUGAAGAUUCCCUAUUGAAAGCAAUAAAGCAAUCGAAGCUUUCUGUAAUCAUUUUCUCAAAACACUAUGCUUUUUCGCGGUGGUGCUUGGAUGAACUUUGCCAUAUACUAGAUUGCAAGGGGAAAAUGGGGCAGUUUGUUAUACCGGUUUUUCACGACGUAGAUCCAUCACAUGUACGAAAGCAACUGGGAAGUUAUGCAGAUGCAUUUGCUUAUCUUUGUGGACGUUUUGAAGACAACAAAGUGAGCAUGUGGAGGGAAGCUUUGACCAUCACAGCCAAUCUAUCCGGGUUUGCUUCACAAGAUAUCAGGCCUGAGUCUAAAUUAGUUGAGACAAUUGUCAAUGUUAUUUCGAUGAAGUUGAAUCGUCACUUGUCAAUUGACUUAAACGGACAGGUUGGACUUGAACCUCACAUUCAACAGAUUGCAUCAUUGUUAUGCAUGCACACUCAAGAUGUUCGAAAGAUAGGUAUUUGGGGUAUGGGUGGUAUUGGGAAGACCACCAUUGCCGAUGCUGUAUUUCAAAAAUUCUCAGCUCAAUUCGAUGCUUGUUCAUUUCUUGCGAAUGUUAGGGAAAAAUCAGACAGAAAUGGAUUAGAUCAUUUACGAAAUGAACUUCUUCGUGAGUUAUUGAACGAAGAACAUCUAAGUAUAGGCACUCCAUCCAUAGGGUCAAUUUUUGUUAAAGAGAGACUUUCUCGUACCAAGGUCCUUAUUGUUCUUGAUGAUGUGAGUGACUUAAGACAUUUAGAAUUUUUACCGGGAGAUCAAGUUGAGUUUGGUCCUGGAAGUAGAGUCAUCGUAACAACUAGAAAUAGGUGCAUAUUGAAAGAUCAUCACGUGUACAGGGUGAUGAAAUUAAAUUUCGAUGAUGCUCUUGAGCUUUUUCAGUUGAGAGCUUUCAAAGAUAAUUCUUCCAGAGCAGAUUAUUAUGACUUGUCAAGAAAGGUGGUAGAUUAUGCUAAAGGCAACCCCUUGGCUCUUAAAGUUUUGGGUUCUGCAUUCCUUCAUUGCAACAGCACAGAAGAGUGGGAAGAUGAAUUGAAAAAGUUGAAAAGAUUUCCCAACAAACUAGACACACAAUUAAAGGGAAUAUUUCUGGAUGUUGCAUGUUAUCUCAAAGGCGAGAAUAUUAGUGAUGCCAAAAGAAUUUUAGAGAUACAUGGGUUUUGUUCAUCAUCACAUGGAAUUUCAAUUCUGAUAGACAUGUCUCUCAUAUCAAUUUCAAAACAUAACCGCUUAAAGAUGCAUGAUUUGGUGCAAGAAAUGGGCUGGUUAAUUGUUCGUGAAGAAUGUAAUGAAGAGCCUGGAAAACGGACUAGGUUGUCUAAUGCAGAUGCUUAUCGAGUACUCAAAAAUAAUACUGGAACUGCAAAAGUUCAAGCCAUGUUCCUGGAAAUGUCUAGCAUCCCAGAGCUACCAUUGAGUCCUGCAGCCUUCAGCAAUAUGAAUAACCUGAAGUUGCUCAAAAUUUAUGCACCAGAAAAGGUGCCUGUGGAAUUGUCAUGGAGAAAUAUGAAUACAGAGGAGCAGCAACUAAUCUCAUUUCCUCUGCUUUACGAGGCCAAAAGACUGCUGUCUUUCUUUGCCAAAUCAAAUAUUUGCAGUUCCCUGAGGUUGAAAAAGUUGCACAGUUCUCUCCGCGGUUACAUUGGAAUGAAAAGUCUGGACAAUUUGGAUGGUGAAUCUCUCAACAACUUACGUAGCAGAGUGGAUUUUCCUGAAGGUCUCGACUAUCUUCCGGAAGAACUUAAAUAUCUUCACUGGGAAGAAUACCCUUUGAAAUCUUUGCCUUCAAAAUUUUCUCCGAUCAACCUUGUUGAGCUUCAUAUGCCCGGUAGUCCAGUUGAGCGACUUUGGAAUAAGGGCCAGAAUCUAGAAAACUUAAAAACGAUGAAUCUCAGCUACUGCAAACACUUGAUUGAAGUUCCAGAUCUCUCCCGGUGUCUGAAUAUUGAGAAAAUAGACCUUAGUUUCUGUGAAGGUUUGAAUCAACUUCCUUCUUAUUUCAAAGAUCUUGACAAGCUUGCUGAUCUAGAUUUAGGCAGCUGCUCGCAACUUAAAAUUCUUCCUGAGAUACCAUGCAACGUGACUUUUCUACGUUUAUCUGGGACUGCAAUACAAGAUAUACCAUCAUCGAUUUGGUCUCACCAAAAACUUGAAACAUUAGGUCUUAGUUACUGUCGACACCUUAAGAGUCUCACAAGGACUGCUUGGAAGCUGAAAUCGAACUUGUAUAGUGGUGAUCGAAAUCCAAUUGGACCUCAGAAAUUACACUUGUUUGGCUGCAAAAACCUUGAUACCCUCCCAGAUAGUAUCUACAGUUUAAACCGUCUUGAAACGCUCAAUCUCACAGGCUGUGAGAAACUAAAAAACUUGCCUCCCUUUUCAGUUGAUUCCUGCUCUUUGACCAGCAUCGACCUCAGUGGCUGCAGCAAUCUAUUAGGAGUUCCUGAUGGUCUCAUUGGUCUAUCCACGUUACAUGAGAUACGUCUUGGGGGAACCAUGAUUGAGAGCGUACCUGCAAGCAUUAAAAAUGCUCGUCGCCUGCGCAAGCUAUAUCUGAACAAUUGCGAGAAGCUUCAAAAUUUACCAGAGCUCCCACCGCUCGUAAGAGUUUUGGAAGCAGAUAACUGCACGUCCUUGAAGAGCGUGGCAGGGAGUUCUAGUACUGCAGUUCAUCAGCCACAACGGUGCGAUCAGAAAGACGUUGAAGCUCUUAAUUACUGUCCCCAGGAGAAAUGUAUGUUCACUAAUUGCUUCGUAUUGAACGAGAGUUCAAGGAGCAACAUAAUGAGUGAUGCAGUGCUCAGAAUUAUGCGGUUGUCAUCAUCGUUGUACAGUGGUGGGGAUAGCAACAUAAAAGAAUUCAUCGUGAUAUCACCGGGAAAGAAAAUCCCACGCUGGUUCAGCUAUCAAACUGAGGGAUGUCAUAUACGCGUCAAGUUUCCUCCAGAUUGGUUCGACACAGCCAACUUCAUGGGUUUCGCUGUAUCUAUUGUUUUUGGACUUGACAACUUGGAUCGAGACGAUGGUGGCUUUUCCUUGACAUGUAAGUGUAGUUUCAAAACCUGCGAUAAUGGUGGCUAUGAAUACAGUUACCGACUGCCGUGGAUACGAUGUACAAUACCGGAAAGUGUCCAUUCCGGUCAGGUGUUGGCACUCUACAGCAAGGACACAUUUUGGCGGGGAAGUAGCCCCAUUCCUUUGGACAAGGUCACGGAGGCGUCUUUUCACUUCUACCAGGAGGCAAAUCCUUACGAAAACUUGAACAAACUCAAGGUCAACAAGUGUGGGAUCCGAAUCCCAACGGACAAUUGAAAGAAAAGCCCACCCAGGAUAUAUAUCUAGGGCGAAAACCCGCAGCCGUCGCUCGUCUUCUUCUCGGCUUCCGAAAAUGUAGUCCAUCGAGCUCUGAUUAAUUCACCGUUAAAGCUCUGGGUUGUUGCUUUCUCUAUGAGGCUAUGGCUCUGCAACUUCUAUUAUUAGCAAAACAAGUUCCAGAGUUGGGAACAGUCUCUUACUCUUGUUUUCCUUCUGACUUCAAAAUCGGUCUCGAGUUCUUGUGGCUUUUUUUGAUACUGAAUGUACUCUUUAUUCUCUAUUAUAGAAUAAAGCUACUGAUCGUGCUUCUCUGAUUAAUGUUGUUUCUAGGGUGCAAGCAAUGGUGUGAAAUUGUGAAUGAGAGUACUGGAAUUCUUUAUCUGCUUUGAACCAAGGUCACAACGAAAGAGGUAUUUCUGUCAGAGUCAAAUCUCUUACCCUUUCCUCCACUAAGAAGGUGAGACGAGUCAGAGCAAUUGUUCAGGAUGGGGUCACGUCCAACAAUAGUUCAUGAGGAAACCCUGAAGAGGUUCCAGACGGAGGAUGGAAACUACUAUCUGCAAUACCAGAACAGCAGUUCGAGGGUAAUAGAGAUGAUUGAUGUAGUUUCCCCUCCAGGUUUGAUUGAUACUCUCAAAGAUGCCGCCUACAAAUACGCCAAGGACAAUAAAUUGGCCGCCACCUGUCUUUGCAACUCUGUGAGUGACCGGCUUCAUUUAUUUACUUGUUUUUUUUCCUAAUGUUUCCUCCCGCAAAUUUGAUUCAGUUUGAAUAUAAAUUUCUUCGACAUGUCGAAAUAUCAUAUAAGUUAAUUUGUUAGGUUAUUUGAAAACAAGGGUCUAAAUCUGCAAUGGAAAUUCCUCUGAUGCUAUAUGGCAAAUAUCAUAUCAUCAAUUGGUAAUGUAAACAUAGCAUUAAAUGUCUCAUCUUCCCAAAACAUUCAGUUUUGAUUUUUGCGUCUGUGUAGCAAAAGGACCAGGUUUGUUAAGCUUUGGUUUCUUGGAAUUAUCUUCAAGAGAACUCGUAAGGUAUCUUGGAAUUUCUCUUUAGGUAUGUGGAUAUUGUAGUGACAAUGAGAAAUUUGGUUAUAUACGUUCAUCAAAGGUGGAGAUAUUUUGGGGCACGUGCCUCAGUAAGCUUUCAAGAGUAUGUACUAAUAAUACAUUUCUUGUGUACUUAUAUCUCUAAAAGUUAUUCUGCUGUUUGCGCCAAAGGUGUAUAAAUAUGUAAUACUAGUUUCAGGUUUGAUUGUUGCCAUCUGCAAUUCAGCAACAAUGUUAUUAUCUUUUUAAUUCUCAACAUCAGUAGUUCAGUACUAUUCAUUCUCAACAUUGAUGCUACUUCUUUCACCUAGCUAAACGGAAAAAAAAACUAUUCCUUCAUAUAGUAUUUAAGUUUGAAUGUUGAUUAAUAUGUUUAAUUUUGAAGAAAUUUGUAAUUUUAGAUGGAUUUUCAUUUUUUUUUUAGAAUUUGAUAUGCUCUUUUUUAAAUUUAUUAAAUAACUCUCACACCCUUACUGGGUCUUUCAUUCUCACUGAGAUUUGAACACAUGUUCUCGACCUUUUAAACUUCGAGUGCCUUAGUGGAGAUUUAUUUCUGGCUCUGCUUGUGACAUUCGUUCGACAACAAAUUUAAUAUAAUAGAAGAGUAUUUUCUUAUUCAACUCCCAAUAGUAAAACUUAAAACUUGUCAUAUAUACUGUAUUACAGAUAUAUUAUUAUGUCUUUGGUUGCCUUCACAUUGAAGUUUCAGCGUGGCUUGCUGACAUCUUGUUUUUCAUGUGUUUGCAGGG